CCGGAUGCUUCGUGCAUCCUGCAGACACAUCGCAACACGUCCGAGCUGCAGGUAGAUGGGGAAGGCAACGAACUGAAGCCAAAGUUCUGCAAGCAGGGCACCCAGCAGCUGGACUUCGAGGGCUUCAAGCAUGGCGACAAGUUCCCCCCAAAUAAGAUCGACGGAGUCAAAAUUAUUGCUAACGGAGCUAAAGGAUGCACCGGGCCCCUUCAGAUCAUCGAUCCAAAGAAGUUCAACUUCAAUGCUCCGAAAGUGAUGAUCUAUUCCAAAGCAGGAAUUCCCCAGCAGUGCGAUGUGGGCACAACGAAGGUGACUUUCCUCUUUUCCAAGUUGCAAGAUGUUGAGCUCAUCGAUCUGUGGGAUUUGGUGAACGGAGCAGUCGUUGAGGUUUUUGCCAAGAACGGCGCGUCGCUCAAGAAAUUUGUGAUCCCUCCCGGACAGCCGAACAACGCAC